AUGUGGGUCGCAGAGCUCUGUCCAGACAGUGGUGUUAAAGGAUACAAACGGAAGUCUUUGCUCGCGGUUCUGAACCUGCGGAGCGCGCACAUUCUGUUCCCGCAUCUCAAUCCCAAACAGGCGUACUUAUGCUACGACUGCGUGAGCGUCGUCGGCCGGAAAACCAAGAGAUGCGGGAAAAGGCGGGUGUAUGUGGAGCCCGAACGCGUCUCUUCCUCGGUUCCAGGGGCGCCGCUGCCGCCGCCACAACUCACGGAGACACCCGAAGUUCAAAGCAGUUUAAACGGAACCAAGGAGCAUCGCUGCAACCACUGUGACGCCCGGUUGGUGAACACGCCCAAAGGCAAUAAGAGACGCUCGCUGUUAACGGUACUGGACUUGCGGAGCGCGCAGAUCCUUUUCCCGCACCUCGACCCAAAUGAGGCGUUUUUGUGCUAUGACUGUGUGAGUGUGGUGACCCGGAAAACCAAGAGGUGUGGGAAGAGGCGGGUGUACGUGGAGCCCGUCCCUGCCCCGGAAGGACCCCUGAGCCCCAAACACAUCAAGAAGAAACUCGGCCUGAACGAACACUACUACGCCUCACAUGAGCCCUCACCCGCACCCCGGCCGGUCCGGUUCCGACAUGGCGGACGCCCCCGAGUCUUGGCCUCCAACCGGAGGAGGCUGCAGCAGGUGUCUGGCUUCAAGGAGGCUCUGAUGAAGGUCUGCGCCAAGCUCAUUUCCAGUGAGCAUAAAGUCAUGGUAAAUGACUUGGACGGGCCCUUCAGGAAGACUUUCACGCCCGAGAACCUGUCUGCGUUCGGCUGGGAUAAGACUACUUCCUGGGCUGAGCAGAAGGCUCCUCUGACUGUGGCCUGUCUCAGAGCCAUGUUCCCGUCCACUAAAAAGAUCCAGAAGCAGAAGCUAAGCUAUGUCCGAGGGCAAAGAGGGCAGCUGACUGAGGAGGAGGUAAAGCAGAUGCUGGACCGCAGGGUCUCGCUCCUUCUCUCUGUUCCUCUCUACACCAGCACCAACAGGUGUGGGUUCCUUCAGACAGCGUUCAGCGUGGAGAUGUUGAGGCAUCACUGUCCCAUCAGACUCUUCAGCAUCACCAACAGCCUCGGCAUCUCACAGUGCAAAACUGCCACCAGGAACCACACCAAGCGACUCGCCAGGGAGCACGACACACAGGUGAAGCAGUGGAGAGAUGAAGUUCAGAUGACAAAAAGGACGUUGUUCUGCUGUGCCGAGUCCAAAAAGGCGGCAGCAUACACCUUCAGCUGGGGGAACUUCAAGGUCGUUAGGGACACCUUUAAAUCUUUCGUCAGUGUGUGCAGAGCGAUCAGAGCUACUAACAGAACCCCAUCUCUGCAGGUUCCAUCCGUGGCCUCUUCAGAGCGAGGGUACACCUUUGCAACAUGGGCAUUUCACUUUGCUCAUGGGGUCCGUGUCAACUUUCGGCACCUGCAAUUAGAGCAGUGGACGUAUCUCCUCACAGCAUCCUCUUAUCAAAACAGACGUACGAUUCGCUGCGGCAGCGAAUGAAAAUCAUUGUGAUGAGAAUCCUUGCCGACAACCUGAAGGCGCUGAGUGGAGUGAGACAGCGGGUGGUAAAACACCUUCCUCACGCCUGAUGAAGGAGCAGAGCACCACCGUAAGUCCACAGGAUCCGAGUCACCCGUUUGAACCUCCUUUAAAUUCUUUCCAUGCCUCAUUGUGCCAGGUGAGUUUGGGAGCGGUGAUACCGCUCACCUCCGAGGACUCUGUCAGCGUAGCGUACAGCCUGACAGACUACAUUCCUGUGUAUUAUGGCCAACCGUACCCCAUCCUUUUCUGUGGGAACAUCCUGAACGCCAACAGAACGGAACAGGCCAAUGCAACCCAGCACAUUGAGACGCCUCAGAGGACAAGCAGGCUGAUGUCCAAGGGCCUGGUGGAAGCGCCACCAGAGUUCCAGAAGGAGCACCUGUUUCACGAAGUGGGAAGCCCCAGGGUUCUAUAAAGCUCUAACCAUAAACACCCUCCAGUUUGAGGGUUCCAGCUUCUACAUCCAACAUUAACUAUCUGGAUCAGUUUGUAGCGUUAGUCAUGUCCUCACUGACCUCAGGCGUCUGUAAUUAGAGUCAGGUUUGCAGCUUGGCUUUAACAUGUGGAAUGAAAUUUGUCAGGAAAUGAUAAAGAUGCUUCUGAAUGAGAAGAGUAAGAACUGUCGAGGAUCCCUACGUCAAAUCCUGUCAUUGUUUGACUUCAAGACCUUUAACAACAACACCAAAGAAUACUUCCUCAACAUCUGGGACUUCAUCACGGUGAGACCCUAGAUGUUCAGGUCAGUGAUAGGUGUACCGACCUGCCGGACAUUUCAAAUGAUCGCCCAAGCUCUUAGCUGCACUCUAUACCUAAAGUUGACAAACAAUGGGCAGCUCUUUCAGGUGUCAUCACUGUGUUUUACCUUUCUACAGUUUGUGACGACAGCCUACGUGACUCUGUUUGCUGUGACCCAGUGUGGUCUGGACUCUGUGACCCAGAAACCCUCAGACUACCCCAGUCAGAGCUCAGAGCAGCUGGACUGGCUUGGUAACCUGGCUCACAGGCUGGUGGACCUGGUGUGGAUGCCUCCACCUUAGGAGGACAUCAACACUGCAGCAGCUGAAGUUUCGGCUCGAAGCGACACAGAGGAUGAGAACAAGUUUCCCCUUUGCUGCUGCAAAGAAGAGAGACCAAGUGGGCAGAUGGUGCGGUGCUGCAGUAACCUGUGUCCAGUUAUCUGGUUCCAUGAGGGCUGUGCCCGGGUUCAGAUGCAGUCAGAUCCACAUGAGGACUGGUUCUGUAGUUCACAAUGCCGUUCAGAUGGGACUUACAUCUACUGUCACUGUAAGGAGCAGAAAGGGGGUGAUAUGAUCCAAUGUGGACUCAUGGAGAAGUGCCGGAGACAUGAGUGGUACCACAGAGACUGCCUGACUGUGGCUUAGCAGAACUGGGCCAUACAGACUAACCCAGCUCCAUGGUUCUGCUCUGAGUCCUGCUCGCUGGCUGCUGAUGGAGAGGACUACCUGCUCAACUACACCAGGGCAGUGGUGUGGGAGGGACUAUACCACAUUGCCAGACGAGACGCCAUCCAGGAAGGUGAUGGAGAGGCAAUCACAGACUUCUGGAAGAUG